GAGCAACAUGGACAUAGUGACAGACGUCUUACCGCUGUCAGGGGAGUACAUCAAGAAACUCAACAUCAAACAGCUGCUCCCUCCGAUCAAGGAGGAGACCAAGAGAGAUGACGAUACCUCAGAAACGGGGAGUGAGUUGGGGGACGGGCCUGAAGUGGAUCACUUUGAGUUUGGUCCGGUCUUUGAAAAGCUGCCCCACCUGGAGGAGUUUGGCGUGACGUAUGGUGUAAAGGACUGUGGGAUGAACUUUGAGUGGAACCUGUUCCAGUUCACCACACGGGACUGCCUGCUGCUGUCCAAGGCCGUCAAGAGCUGCAAGACCCUGCAGAAGUUCCACCUAUGCCGCAGCAAGGUGGACGACGACAAGGUCCGCGUGCUCAUCAGCCACCUCCUGGACCACCCCUCGCUGAUGGAGCUCGACCUCUCGCACAACAUGAUCGGGGACAGCGGAGCACGCGCCGCCGGCAAGCUCAUCAACCGCAGCAGAAUAGUCAAGAUGAACCUGUGCGAUAACAAGAUAGGUGCCCCCGGCGCGCAGGCCAUCGGACAUGCCGUGUCCAAAAACACCACCCUGAAGUGUCUGGACCUGCGGCUCAAUCGCCUUGGCGAUGACGGAGGCCAGGCUAUCUGCAGGGCACUGCUGAAGAACUCCACCCUCACAGACCUGAACAUUGGCAGUAACAACAUGACAGAACCAACAGCCUCCAUCUUGUCCCAGGUUCUCACAACCAACACCACAGUUCGCACCAUCAACCUAUCCUGCAACAGAGUCGGACCGUUAGAGAAGAUCUCCACCAACAUUCCUCUCAAGGUCACCGCCCACCUCAUCAGUGAUGAAGGGUACUGGCAGAGGUGCUGCAAGGCAAGAUGGGAAAUCUGUGACGUUUCCCAGUAUGGCGGAAGCUGGAAGAGGAUGUAUUUUGAGAGGAAUCUGGAGCACAUCAUAGAACACUUCGUCCCCGAGAGGAGCAACAUGGACAUAGUGACAGACGUCUUACCGCUGUCAGGGGAGUACAUCAAGAAACUCAACAUCAAACAGCUGCUCCCUCCGAUCAAGGAGGAGACCAAGAGAGAUGAUGAUACAUCAGAAACAGGGAGUGAGUUGGGGGACGGGCCUGAAGUGGAUCACUUUGAGUUUGGUCCGGUCUUUGAAAAGCUGCCCCACCUGGAGGAGUUUGGCGUGACGUAUGGUGUAAAGGACUGCGGGAUGAACUUUGAGUGGAACCUGUUCCAGUUCACCACGCGGGACUGUCUGCUGCUGUCCAAGGCCGUCAAGAGCUGCAAGACCCUGCAGAAGUUCCACCUGUGCCGCAGCAAGGUGGACGACGACAAGGUCCGCGUCCUCAUCAGCCACCUCCUGGACCACCCCUCGCUGAUAGAGCUCGACCUCUCGCACAACAUGAUCGGGGACAGUGGAGCACGCGCCGCCGGCAAGCUCAUCAACCGCAGCAGGAUAGUCAAGAUGAACCUGUGUGAUAACAAGAUAGGCGCCCCCGGCGCGCAGGCCAUCGGACAUGCCGUGUCCAAAAACACGACCCUGAAGUGUCUGGACCUGCGGCUCAAUCGCCUUGGCGAUGACGGAGGCCAGGCUAUCUGCAGGGCACUGCUGAAGAACUCCACCCUCACAGACCUUAACAUUGGCAGUAACAACAUGACAGAACCAACAGCCUCCAUCUUGUCCCAGGUUCUCACAACCAACACCACAGUUCGCACCAUCAACCUAUCCUGCAACAGAGUCGGACCGGACGGAGGUAAACAGCUGCAGGAGGGAAUGGAGGAGAACAGUACAGUGUUAGAGAUGGACCUGCGGCUGACUGAGGCGGGACAGGAGAGCGAGUACUGCAUCAACCAGAUCCUGAAGAAGAACCGCGAGGACGACCGCGAACUGCGGCUUCAGAACGAGAAGAACAAGCAGUCCUGACCUGUUGUAAAUCCAGCAGUUACCUAGUGGCCAGGUGUGCAUAUUUAAGCACAUUUUUCUAUCCCUGUGACUAUUGUGGUUAAUCUUUUACCUGCUACCUAACCCUGUAACCAACACAACUUUGGUGCCAAAAGGCUACUCAGCAGGCAGAAGUUAAGAUGUACAGUA